AUUUACUGCACUAUACUCUUUAAAGAGUCCAAUGUCCAUGUCAAUUGUUCUGGAUUGUGGUGGCUUGUUUGAAGGAAAAGCCUUUUUCAUAUUGGAGAACAUGUGGCUUCUGGCAGAAGGGUUUACGGUGAAGGGGUCUAUUGGCAACCUAGUAUGGAGAAACGGUUUCGGUGAAAUUCAAAAUUGGAUGUGGAGUAUUAGGAGCUUACAAGAGAAGAGAGGAGUGAUUGGGAAGAUCUCCGAAAGGUGUGGGACACCGGAACGAUUCUUUGGGGGCUCAAGAAGCUUGAGCAAUAUGCUAUCAAAGCCGUUAUGUGCCUGGGUGGAUGAGGAAUUGUGCUACUUGAGGUGUGUGUUGCUUUAUAAUGAGGCAGUCGGAGAGGUCCAGGGGGUUACAAUCAGAACGCCAAUGCAGUGGCCUCUGAAUAAGGGGUUUUCUUUUUCCUGCUGGCUCAGGAUAGAAAACUUUCCUAAAAGUGGAACUAUGGGGCUUUUCAAUUUUCUUACAGAAAAUGGAAGAGGAUGCUUGGCCGUCCUUGCAAAGGACCGGCUAAUUUAUGAGUCUAUUAAUCAGAAGCAACAAUGUGUUUCACUGCAUGUCAAUUUUGUUAGAAAGAAAUGGCAUUUCCUAUGUUUAACUCAUAGCAUUGGUAGAGCAUUUUCUGGGGGAAGUCAAUUGAGAUGUUAUGUGGAUGGAGUUCUUGUAUCAUCAGAAAAAUGCAGAUAUGCAAAAGUUAAUGAAUCUUUGACUAGUUGCGCAAUUGGCUCAAAAAUUAAUUUGCCUUCAUAUGAAGAAGAGAAUGCUAUAUACUCCGGGAAAGAUAUAUCUCCCCUUUUUGGUCAGAUUGGUCCAGUUUAUAUGUUCAGUGAUGCCAUUACUUCUGAGCAAGUGCAGGGUAUCUAUUCUUUAGGGCCAAGUUAUAUGUAUUCGUUCCUUGAUGGUGAAAUUGCAGUUUAUUCAGACAGUCCAUUGCCUGGUGGAGUUUUUGAUGCCAAAGACGGGCUUGCGUCCAAAAUAAUUUUUGGGCUUAAUGCACAGGCAAGUAAUGGUAGGACGUUGUUUAAUGUUUCACCACUGCUGGAUCAUGGAUUGGAUAAAACUCCAUUUGAAGCAACUUCUAAUUUGUUUGAAAAUGAAGAAAGUGGACAAGUUGAGCAUGCUUUGCUUAAACCUAUUACAAAAGAGCGGCUGACUGCUGACAUUAUUGAGCUCAUAGCUUCUGUCCUAGAUGAGAAUUUAGCUAAUCAACAACAGAUGCUUCUUCUUUCUGGAUUUUCCAUACUGGGAUUUCUGUUGCAAUCAGUUCCACCCCAGCAGCUUAAUUUGGAAACUCUUUCAGCUUUGAAACACUUAUUUAAUGUUGUUGCAAAUUGUGGCUUGUCAGAGCUGCUCGUAAAGGAAGCUAUAUCCAAUAUAUUUCUUAAUCCUCUUGUCUGGGUCUACACAGUUUACAGGGUGCAACGUGAACUGUACAUGUUUCUCAUCCAGCAGUUUGACAACGAUCCAAGGUUGCUUAAGAGUCUGUGUCGGUUCCCUCGUGUACUUGAUAUAAUACACCAAUUUUAUUGGGACAACACGAAAUCUCGGUCUGCUAUCGGAAGCAAGCCUCUACUGCAUCCCAUAACAAACCAAGUUAUUGGAGAGAGACCUAAUAAACAAGAAAUACAUAAAAUUCGUCUUCUUCUACUAAGUCUUGGUGAGAUGAGCCUCAGGCAGAACAUUGCAGCAUCAGAUAUCAAAGCUCUUAUAGCUUUUUUCGAGACAAGUCAAGAUAUGGCAUGCAUUGAAGAUGUUUUACAUAUGGUUAUUCGUGCUGUUUCCCAAAAAGCACUGCUUGCUUCUUUUCUGGAACAAGUCAAUUUAAUUGGUGGCUCUCACAUCUUUGUCAAUCUUCUUGAAAGGUGUGCCUUUUAUCUUGAAUAUAUAUGGCCAUAG